AUGUCCGAACGUAAAGUCCUCACAAAAUGGUACCCCCCAGAUUUCGAUCCUUCCAAAAUCAAGCGCUCAAAGGCACCUAAACAAGCCGGCCCUAAGUCGCAAACAGUACGUUUGAUGGCACCUUUCGGUAUGCGCUGUACCUCCUGCGGUGAAUACGUCUACAAAGGUCGAAAAUUCAACGCACGGAAAGAACAUACAGACGAAAAGUACUAUGCGAUCAGUAUAUACCGAUUUUAUAUUCGAUGUACGCGGUGUAGUUCUGAGAUUGUGUUUAAGACGGAUCCCAAGAAUAUGGAUUACGAGUGUGAGAAAGGAGCGGUUAGGAAUUUUGAACCUUGGAGGGAUCAGAAGGCUAUUGAAGAGACGGAAGAGGAGAGGUUGAAUCGAUUGGAAGAGCAGAUUCAGGUUGAAGAGGAUGAGAAUGCUAUGGCGAGGCUUGAGACGAAAACUUUGGAUUCUAAAAGGGAGAUGGCGAUUGCAGAUGCUUUGGAUGAGAUAAGAACGAGGAAUGCGAGAGUGGAACGGGCAGAUGGGGGGGCAGCUUUAGAUGCGCUUAUGACGAUUAAGGAGUCAAGGGAUGAGGAGGCGGAAAGAUUGGAUAAGGAGGACGAUGAAGCUGCGAGGAAAGCCUUUCAAACGUCAGAUGGAGAACACGUCAGGAGGAUUGUGGAUAAGGAGGUUACUGGAGCAUCGUCAUCAUCGUCAAACCAAUCCAAGGGGUUGAUAACUUUCUCGGAAGAGAAGGACUCGGUUACAGUCGCGACAGCUGAGAUACCGAGCUUCAAGCGUCAGGUAAAGAAGAAGAAGGACCUUGCUGGUGCCCUGGGUUUGAAGAAAAAACCAAAGGUUGGUCUGGUAUAG